AUGUGGAGAAUAUCUAGAGAAAGGAUCAGGACCAUCCAUCAGAUAAUAACGGUAAGAUCCGAAAAUCUGGCGGAUUUCAUAACACUUAACGGUCACGAAAAACGCAAAAACACACCACAACGGUAUAUAUUCGGCUACUCUUUCUCUUACAUAUAUAUAUACACACACUUUCCGGUGUAUAGUCGAGUCGGAAUCCAAACAAUGGUACUGAUCUUUCUCUCAUUUGCCUUGAUCUCUCUAUCAAUUACUGCUAAUUUCUUUGUGGUGGGCCACAUCCCAACGACGCUCGAUGGCCCUUUCGAUCCAGUCACGGUCCCAUUUGAUGAAAGAUUCCGUGGCCAUGCUGUUGAUCUACCACCGUCUGAUCCGCGGGUCGCUAGGCCCACUAAUCUCUUCGAACCAGAGCAGAUCUUGGUCUCUCUUUCGGCAACGUAUGAUACGGUCUGGAUCUCUUGGAUUACAGGAGAGUUCCAAAUUGGCGACCAUAUAAAGCCGUUGGAUCCUAAAACUGUAUCUAGUGUGGUCCGCUAUGGGAGGUUGAGAUAUCCGUUGAUGUAUAAAGCGACCGGUUAUUCACUCAUUUACAAUCAGCUCUAUCCAUACAAAGGCCUCCAGAAUUACACUUCUGGAAUCAUUCAUCAUGUUCAUCUCACAGGUCUGAAACCAAACACACGAUACUACUAUCGGUGUGGUGAUCCUUCUAUACCAGCCAUGAGCAAGAUCCAUUCUUUCAAGACAAUGCCAGCUUCGAGCCCACUAAACUACCCAAGUCGAAUUGCUGUGGUAGGAGAUCUUGGCCUUACAUACAAUACUACUUCAACGAUCGAUCAUUUGAGAAGUAACAAUCCGGACCUGAUUCUGUUAGUCGGCGACGUAACAUACGCAAACUUAUAUCUCACUAAUGGAACUGGGGCUAAUUGCUAUUCAUGUUCGUUUCCGAAUACUCCCAUACACGAAACCCAUCAACCUCGUUGGGAUUACUGGGGAAGGUUUAUGGAGCCUUUGGUUUCGGAAGUCCCGAUGAUGGUUAUUGAAGGAAACCAUGAGAGAGAACAGCAGGCCGAGGACCAGAGCUUUGUCUCUUACAGUUCUAGAUUUGCAUUCCCCGUCGAAGAAAGCGGAUCUUUUUCUACAUUUUACUAUUCUUUCAAUGCAGGGGGAAUUCAUUUUCUGAUGCUUGGUGCUUACACUGAUUAUUACCGAUCAGGGGAUCAAUACAAGUGGUUGGAGAGGGACUUGGCCAAUGUAGAUAGAAGAGUAACUCCAUGGCUGGUGGCUGUUUGGCAUCCACCUUGGUAUAGCUCUUACAAGGCCCACUACAAAGAAGCUGAGUGCAUGAGGUUGGAAAUGGAGGAAAUACUCUACUCUUAUGGCGUCGAUAUCGUCUUCAAUGGACACGUCCAUGCUUAUGAAAGAUCCAACCGUGUUUAUAACUAUACGUUGGAUCCAUGCGGCCCAGUUCAUAUUGUGGUUGGAGAUGGAGGCAAUCGAGAAAAGAUAGCAAUCUCACACGCCGACGAUCCGGGCAACUGUCCAGACCCGUCGAUCAUACUGGAUUCUUACAUGGGCCAUUGUCCAAAUAAUUUUACAGUGGGCCCUGCGGCUGGUAAUUUCUGUUGGGACCGACAACCCGAUUUCAGUGCAUUUAGAGAUAGUAGCUUUGGCCAUGGAAUUCUAGAGGUGGUGAAUGAGACCUAUGCCUUGUGGACCUGGCACAGGAACCAGGACUUGUAUGACAGCAAUCCUGGGGAUCAGAUUUACAUAGUGAGGGAGCCAAACAGGUGUCCCACUCAGCCCAAGCUGUUGAUCAAGCGGUGGGGAUUGAAUCUUUAAUUUGAUUAGGACACAAACCAUCACGUUUUUGUUGUUGUAGUUGAAGAAAAAUGCAUAGGCAUUGUUGUUGUAGUAGGAAUCAAAUGAUAUUAAUCUUCAUCAUCACAAAACUAGGAUUCUCCAUGACAAUAGAGAAUGAGGAGGAGACAUAGUAGGUAAUAUACUUGUAUGUGGAGAUGUAAAGGAAUACAAGAGAUUGAAACCUC